GCCCGCGCCCGCCCGCACCAUGCUCAAGUGCAUCCCGCUGUGGCGCUGCAACCGGCACGUGGAGUCGGUGGACAAGCGGCACUGCUCGCUGCAGGCCGUGCCCGAGGAGAUCUACCGCUACAGCCGCAGCCUGGAGGAGCUGCUCCUCGACGCCAACCAGCUGCGUGAGCUGCCCAAGCCCUUCUUUCGGCUGCUGAACCUGCGCAAGCUGGGCCUGAGUGACAACGAGAUCCAGCGGUUGCCCCCUGAGGUGGCCAACUUCAUGCAACUGGUGGAGCUGGACGUGUCUCGGAAUGACAUCCCUGAGAUCCCCGAGAGCAUCAAGUUUUGCAAAGCUCUGGAGAUUGCAGACUUCAGUGGGAAUCCUUUGUCCAGGCUCCCCGAAGGUUUCACUCAGCUGCGCAGCCUGGCUCAUCUGGCCCUGAAUGAUGUGUCCUUGCAGGCGCUGCCUGGGGACGUGGGCAAUCUCGCCAACCUGGUGACCUUGGAGCUCCGGGAGAAUCUGCUCAAGUCCUUGCCUGCGUCCUUGUCUUUCCUGGUCAAGCUGGAACAGCUGGAUCUGGGAGGCAACGAUCUGGAAGUGCUGCCCGACACCCUGGGGGCCCUGCCCAACUUGCGUGAGCUGUGGCUGGACCGGAACCAGCUGUCGGCCCUGCCCCCGGAACUCGGGAAUCUGCGGCGCCUGGUGUGCCUGGAUGUGUCGGAGAACCGGCUGGAGGAGCUGCCUGCGGAACUCGGGGGGCUGGUGCUGCUCACCGACCUGCUGCUUUCGCAGAACUGGCUGCAGCGGCUUCCUGACGGCAUUGGUCAGCUGAAGCAGCUGUCCAUCUUGAAGGUAGACCAGAAUCGCCUCUGCGAGGUGACGGAGGCCAUUGGGGACUGUGAGAACUUGUCAGAGCUGAUCCUCACGGAGAACCUGCUGACGGCCCUGCCCCGCUCCUUGGGGAAGCUGAGCAAGCUGACCAACCUCAACGUGGACCGGAACCGCCUGGAGGCACUGCCGCCUGAGAUUGGGGGCUGCAUGGCACUCAGCGUCCUCUCUUUGAGGGACAACCGCCUGGCUGUCCUGCCGCCGGAGCUCGCCCACACGGCCGAGCUGCAUGUGCUGGAUGUGGCCGGGAACCGUCUGCAGAGUCUGCCGUUCGCCCUCACGCACCUCAACCUAAAGGCCCUGUGGCUGGCGGAGAACCAGGCGCAGCCCAUGCUUCGGUUCCAGACUGAGGACGACGCCCAGACCGGCGAGAAGGUGCUCACCUGCUACCUGCUGCCCCAGCAACCCCCGCCCAGCCUCGAGGACCCGGGGCCGCGGAGCAGCCCUUCGGAGAGCUGGGGUGAUGCCCCGCUCGGCCGCGUCAGCGUCAUCCAGUUCCUAGAGGCCCCUGCGGGCGACGAGGACGCAGAGGAGGCUGCUGCCGAGAAACGGGGCCUGCAGCGUCGGGCUACGCCUCACCCCAGCGAGCUCAAGGUGAUGAAGAGGGGCGUAGAGCGUCGAAGCGAAGCCGCCUCCUGCAGGCCCGACUCCGCACAGCACUCACCCUCACCCCCGCCCUCGGAGGAGGAGAAGAGGCUGAGCACCGAGUCUGGCCUGAGUGCGGACUCGCACCUGUCUGCCAGCACAGCCUCCCAGGGUGAGCCCGAGGGCCCGCUGGCCGAGGUGGAGGAGCCGAGCCAGCAGGAAUCCACGCCAACCUCCCAGGAGGAGGUCACAGAGGAGAUCUAUGAGGAGCCCACGGUGCGCUUCGCGGAGGACACGCUGCUCCUGCCCGGGGAGGAUGGCGAGAGCGAGGCGGGGCAGCUGGAGGCCCCCUGGCCCGUGCCGGGUGAGAGGCAGCGGCUCAUCCGCAAGGACACGCCCCACUACAAGAAGCACUUCAAGAUCUCCAAGCUGCCCCAGCCUGAGGCCGUGGUGGCCCUGCUGCAAGGAGCACAGCCGGACAGUGAGGGCCCAGUAGGGUCUGGGGGCUGGCACAACGGCCCCCACGUGCCCUGGGCUCCUCGAGCCGAGGAGGAGGAAGAGGAGGAGGAGGAGGAGGAGGAAGCCGAGGAGGCGGCAGCGGCGGUGGCGGCGGGAGCCGUGGAGGCGGGCGAGGAGGAGGAGAGCGAGGGGGCUGUGGCUUCUGCACCACCCUCUGUCAAGGGAGUGUCGUUUGACCAGGCCAAUAACCUGCUGAUAGAGCCCGCUCGCAUUGAGGAGGAAGAGCUGACGCUCACCAUCGUGCGGCAGACGGGGGGCCUGGGCAUCAGCAUUGCGGGCGGCAAGGGCUCCACCCCCUACAAGGGCGACGACGAGGGCAUAUUCAUCUCGCGGGUAUCUGAGGAGGGCCCUGCGGCGCAGGCUGGGGUCCGAGUAGGCGACAAGCUCCUCGAGGUGAACGGCGUGGCCUUGCAGGACGCCGAGCAUCAACAGGCCGUGGAGGCACUGCGUGGCGCGGGCACCACUGUGCACGUGCGGCUGUGGCGGGAGCGUAUGGUGGAGCCCGAGAACGCGGUCACCGUCACGCCUCUGAGGCCUGAGGACGACUACAGCCCCCGGGAGCGGUGGGGAGGCGGCCUGCGCCCGCGCCCACGCCAGCCCGAGCCGCCAGGGCCCCUCCGCCAGCGUCGCGUGGCCUGCCUCGUGCGCAGCGACAAGGGCUUGGGCUUCAGCAUCGCUGGGGGGAAAGGCUCCACGCCCUACCGGGCCGGAGACCCGGGUAUCUUCAUCUCCCGCAUUGCUGAGGGGGGCGCCGCCCACCGGGCGGGCACCCUACAGGUCGGCGAUCGCGUCCUCUCCAUCGACGGGGUGGAUGUGACGGAGGCCAGGCACGACCACGCCGUCUCCCUGCUGACUGCUGCCUCUCCCACCAUCGCCCUGCUGCUGGAACGGGAGGCCGGGGGGCCGCUUGCCCCUGGUACUCCGCCACACUCACCCCCACCCCCUGCUGCUACCACCACCACCAUGGCCACUGCCAUCCCUGGGGAGCCUGGGCCGCUAAGGCUGGCCCCCAGUCUGCUGGCCGCUGCCCUGGAGGGGCCGUACCCAGUGGAGGAGAUCUGUCUGCCGAGAGCUGGGGGCCCCUUGGGGCUCAGCAUCGUCGGGGGCUCCGACCACUCCAGCCACCCAUUCGGCGUCCAGGAGCCCGGCGUGUUCAUCUCUAAGGUGCUCCCCCGGGGCCUGGCUGCACGCAGUGGCCUGCGGGUUGGGGACCGCAUCCUGGGAGUGAAUGGGCAGGAUGUGCGGGACGCCACCCACCAGGAAGCGGUCAGCGCCCUGCUGCGGCCCUGCCUGGAGCUGGUCCUGCUCGUGCGGAGGGACCCGCCGCCCCCGGGCAUGCGGGAGCUCUGUAUCCAGAAGGCCCCUGGGGAGAAGCUGGGCAUCAGCAUCCGUGGGGGCGCCAAGGGCCACGCAGGGAACCCCUGUGACCCCACGGACGAGGGCAUCUUCAUCUCCAAGGUGAGCCCCACAGGAGCGGCCGGGCGAGAUGGUCGCCUGCGGGUGGGGCUGCGGCUGCUGGAGGUGAACCAGCAGAGCUUGCUGGGCUUGACGCACGGCGAAGCCGUGCAGCUGCUACGCAGCGUGGGCGACACCCUGACUGUGCUUGUCUGUGACGGCUUCGACACCAGCGCCCCCGAGGUGUCCCCAGGCAUCAUCGCCAACCCCUUUGCAGCAGGCAUGGGCCGCCGGAACAGCCUGGAAAGCAUCUCCUCCGUCGACCGGGAGCUGAGCCCCGAGGGCCCCGGCAAGGAGAAGGAGCUGCCUGGACAGACCCCACAGUGGGGGCCGGAGGCCAUGUGUCGGAGCCUGGAGAGCCUGAAGCUGGACUGCCGCGCCCUGGCUGCCACACCCAGCACCGGCAGUGUGCAGAGGGUGCCGUCUGGGGCAAGUGGCGGGAAGAUGACUGAGGCCCCCUGUUCCCCUGGCCACCAGCAGACAAAGCCUGGGGUGAUCCAGCCAGUGGCUCAGGCCUGGCCAAGGGGCUCCCCGGCCCUCAGGGGCAGAGGUGAUCCCCAGUCCGUGAGUGCCCUGACCCGGGGGGGGCGGGGGGGCGGGGAGGCAGUCAGCAAGGACAGCUGGUGGUGGGACGGGCGGUGGCUGCAGCCGGGACAGCUGUCACCACACAGCUCGCUGUGCCCCGUCCGCCAGCCCCCCUCCCCGCCCUCCCCUGACGAGCUGCCCGCCAACGUGAAGCAGGCGUAUAGGACCUUCGCUGCCGUGCCCGGCCUGCACCCACCCCUGGAGGCCCCUGCUCAGCCCCCCAAGCCUGGGCCCACGGCCUCCCCGGAGCAGCUGUCCUUCCGCGAGCGGCAGAAGUACUUCGAGCUUGAGGUGCGGGUGCCCCAGACCGGGGGCCCCCCUAAGCGCGUGUCGCUGGUGGGUGCCGACGACCUGCGGAAGAUGCAGGAGGAGGAAGCCCGAAAGCUGCAACAGAAGAGGACGCAGAUGCUGCGCGAGGCGGCGGGGGACGCGGCGGACGCGGGGCGCCCGGAAGGCGAGGCCCCGGAGGACGAGGAGCCCGAGGAGGAGCCGCCCUGGGCCGGCCGGGGCCCCGCCGCAGGGCUUGGCCCCGCGUCCCCCCCGCCGCAGGGAGGCGGCGCUCCGGUGCGGACGGCCAAGGCCGAGCGGCGCCACCAGGAGCGGCUGCGCGUGCAGAGCCCGGAGCUGCCGGCUCCUGAGCGGACCCUGUCCCCGGCGGAGCGCCGCGCCCUGGAGGCCGAGAAGCGUGCGCUGUGGAGGGCGGCCAGGAUGAAGUCUCUGGAACAGGACGCUCUCCGCGCACAGAUGGUCCUCAGCAAGUCUCAGGAGGGUCGAAGCAAGCGGGGGCCUCUGGAGCGCCUGGCCGAGGCCCCCUCGCCCGCGCCCACCCCGUCACCCACCCCCUUGGAAGACCUCGGCCUCCAGACCGGCACCUCCCCGGGACGCUUGGCCUUGUCUGGGAGGAAGUUUGACUACAGGGUGUUUGCAGCCCUCCCCUCUUCCAGACCUGUCUAUGACAUGCAGGUACCGGGCCCUCCUGGCCCUUCUGCAAGACAGCCCGACCAGCUCCUGCCACCUUUCUGCUGUGCCUGUCACCCAGCCCUGUCCCCUCCUCUGGUACCCUCCCCGUCUCUCUGUGGCCAGUCCUGUCCACCCACCUCCCAUCCUCCAGCCAGGGCUCAGCAGGGACCCACCCAGGCUCAGGUGGGUGGUUUCAGGCAGGUCUGGGGUGGAACCCUGAGCAGCCCUUCUCCCCAUCACAGUCCCCAGAUUUUGCUGAGGAGCUGAGGUCCUUGGAACCAUCUCCGAGCCCUGGUCUGCCAGAGGAGGAUGGAGAGGUGGCCAUGGUGCUUCUGGGCAGGCCUUCGCCAGGCGCCGCGGGCCCCGAGGAGGUGGCCCUAUGCAGCAGCCGCCGCGCCGUGCGGCCGGGGCGCCGGGGCCUGGGCCCGGUGCC